AUGGACUCUCCACUAUUACCUCAGUUCAACAAACAGAAUCUAGACGAUGUUUCCCUUUUGGAAGAUCCUUCUUUACUCGCUGAUCUAAGUAUGGAUUCAGACGUUCAUUCUUAUGCUUCUUCGUCAAAUCAGAAUCAUCAACAACACCUAUUUACCAAUGAUCAGCGAACUCUGGGACAGCGUCCUUCCAUAUUCUCACCGACUUCCUCUAGCUCGCAGCCGUACUCAUACCCCCGGCAGAAGACAGUGAAUGUACAACAUGAUGGAGAGGAAACACCAGUCAAAAUUAGUAAACCUCAAACUAAACCUAGAUUCUCGUUGUUCGCUCCUACUCAACCUACCACUUACGAUGACGAAGAUGACCAUGAAAGUGAAGAUGAGGAUCAGACUAUACAUCAUUCAAACAACCCACAGCAACGAGAUGAUGAAGCAGCAGAGGAUGAAGCCCAACAGAGGCAGAGGCGGAGACAAUUGUCGCUAGAUAAUAAUAGAGAAGAUCGAUUGAGGUCCAGUUUGUACGAGUUGAGAAAGAUGAAUGAGGUUUUUGAGGGUGUCAUAGGUGCGUUGGAAGGUGUGAGAGGACACAACCAGAGACUAGCCGAAAGAGUUCGACAGACUUCCGCACUGUUAGAUGAAUACACAGCGAUAAUGGGCCAGGCGGAACAUACGCAGAAAUUGUUAUUGAAUACGAAAUGGACAGGUAGUACAGAUGACGCAGAAGCUAUAGCGGCCAUCGAGCAAGCUCGUCUGCAAGCUGUCGAACGUGCAGAAGAGGAAUCGCGACGUGCGGCUGAACAAGCUCGACUAGCAGAGGAAGAGAGGGAAAGGAGGAUAAUAGAGAGGGAGAGAUCCGAGGCGUCAAGUUCGAGGGGGGCGAGAGGUAGAGGGGUACCGAGGGGUAGUGGAUUGAGAGCAAGGGGAACAGGUAUACCACGUCCUUCCAUCGCUACUUCCCGUCCAACGUCUUCUACAACAGGUACCAAAAGAGGAACGACCUCGACGACAACUACAAGAGGAGGUGGAGGUUUGGGCGGUCAGUAUAAUCAUGUUAAAAGUAGUGGUUAUGGACCUCGAUGA